AUGCUGAAAUCCAAUUCCGAAAAUCCGCCAAGAUUUUUCGUUGACAUCGCUCAAACGUUGAACAAAUCGAAUUUGACAAUUUCGGAAAUAUUAUUCUCACUUUCCUUAUAUGGAUGGCUUCAGAAUCAUAAAGGAGAAGAAUUCUAUUCAAUUCUCGCUAUAUUUGACCUCAUCACUUUAUCGAGCGUCUUGGUGUCGUUAUGGUUCAUCGUCCAGAAAUUUUAUUGGCGCAAGAUUGAAUUCACUUGUAACGGAUUAGGAACAAUUUCGUCGAUUUGCUCAAUCGUCUUGAAUAUUUUCAUAACUGAGAAGACACUUAGCGCGCAAACACUAAUUCACUUGAUGACCCUCUCGUUGUUCGUAUUUGCUGGAAUCUUCGCCUAUCGCGAAACGUGCAACACCGUCAGCAAUUUGUUCAUUUCCGAAUGGGGACAGGCUACUGAAGAGCAUGAAAUCGAAGCAUUAGAGGAUCAUUUUUAA